AUUUGUUUACAAGCGAAGCGCUGAGAGGAGAAAUGCGGCGCGAAGAGAAAUUUCCUUCCACUUGACUUAUAAUGCAAACGGAAAACGGAAGUUGGACAACGUCUCCUCCCGGCGAACUUCCUGUCCGCUAUGGAUUAGCCGUUUCCAUAAUCAUUCUCUUCCUCGUUUUGAUCGUUAUGCUCAUCUCAGUCGCCGGUAAUCUCACGGUUCUACUCGCAAUCUGCAGAUUUCGUUCAUUAAGAACUUUGACGAAUGCCUUCGUCGCCAGCCUUUCCGUUACCGAUCUCUUAGUUGCGGUUUUAGUUAUGCCAGUAGGAGCUUAUCAAUUGAUGGCGGGCCUUAGGUGGCAACUGGGUCAAACUGCUUGUGUUCUGGCUACUUGUUUUGACGUUUGGCUAUGCACGUCUUCCAUCUUGCAUCUGUGCUGCGUUGCCUGUGACAGGUACACUGCCAUCUGCACGCCCUUUAAAUAUCCUUCUAUUAUUACUAAAAAGAGCGUCGUUUGCCUUCUCUUUGCCUGUUGGACUAUGCCUACGUUAAUGAGCUUCCUACCAUUAACCCAAAACUGGCAUGUCGUUGGUAUUGAGAAAAAGGUUAGGGAAAAGACUCCAGACCACGGAGAGGCUUGCGUGUUUCUCGUCAAUAAGGUUUACGCAGUAAUAUGCUCAACCCUAGCCUUUUACGCUCCUGCUGUAUUCAUGGGAUUGCUCAAUGCUAGAAUUUUCGUCGUUGCACAAAAACAAGCGAAAGCUAUCAGGUCAACAUGUGUAGGUUCAGAUACUAGGCAACAAAAACUUCGAAGAGAGACGAGGGCAGCUAGAACAUUAAGUAUUAUAAUGAGUGUUUUCUGCGCUUGUUGGUGUCCAUUCUUCAUUUUGAAUGUUCUUGAUCCUUUCUUGGAUUAUACAAUUGGCAGUGGUUUUUGGCAAACGGCUUUAUGGUCGUAUAGGAGAGCGUUUAAAGCUCUCUUUCGUUUUUUUGGCUCCAAGUGUUGUCCUUUCUUGAGGAUUCGUGGAGGACAAUUUGGUCACGACCAUACUUUAGUCACACACUAUUCAGGAAGUCAGAAUUCCAACGAGCACAAUUUUAUACAAUUAUAUAGGAACAGCUGACUAUUAAGGAAGUAUCGUCCAUCGUAACAAACUUUUCAAGAAGAAAAUCAUUGGAAAAACCAAAACGAAGAGUCUAUAUCUCUAAUUCCAAUAUUGGAUUAGCAAGAAAUCUUCUCCACUCAUGAUUUACAUACAAUUGUUCUUCUUUCUCUCUCUCUCUCUCUCUGUCUCAUUGGCGCUCUCAUCUUUCUCUCCAACUCUCUCUCUCUUUUUCAUCGUCAUCAAUUAUCUCACUUUACCAUCUACUCGAAAAUCUUCCGAGUCUGUUUUACAAAAAUUAAUUACUUGAUAAAAGAAGAAAAGACAUUCAGGAAAGAGUUGCAUAUGGAGAAAUGUUACAAUGCUUCAUAUUCUAUUUUUACUAGGAAAGAACAAAGAGUGAAAGAUGCUUUUUAACAAGGAAUUAUCGUGCUAUUACAUUGCGGUAUAUGGAAUAUUUUACAUUAAAAGCGGAAGUUGUGAAUUGUAUCGACAUGAUACUUUUUACUCAAACCUCGAAGAAAAAAUAAGUUUAUAGAGAUAAGCGUUUGUUUUACUUCAUAGCCUUGUGCAUCUUUGAUCUCAGCUCAUACAUCUACGACUUGCCUUUAACGUUGAAAAGGCCUUCGUGCUAAAGACUAUUACUUUACAAAUUGGCAGUCUAUCCCUUGUUCUAUAAUCUCUUCAAUAGACCUUUUACCUUCUAUACAUACAAACUUCUCAAGACAUUUUGUCUUGACCUUUUCAGGCAUAAUUCAUGUGAACUUUAUAUUCGGAAAUCGUCUGGCCCAGGAAUAAUACGGAUUUUCUUAAUUCUUUCUUGCAUAUUACACUUAUUUCCGUUUAUGCGACAGCUAGGUAACCUAUGGUAUAUCAAAAGUUUUAACGUUAUCAAAUCUAAAAUCCAAAAUCUCUAAAAUGACCAUAAUCUUAAAUUCGUUUGAUCUCCUAUUCCGCUUCUCCACCUGUCUUUUUCAUUAAUAGGAAAAGCAUGUUUUAUCGUCAUUUGAACCAGAAAAGAAAAAAAAAUAAGAUAUAUUCUGAAGGAAUCUAAUUAAUUAGACAAUCGUUAAUUGUUUGUCUUUCAUCAGAAUGAAUCUCCAUUUGCACAUUUGAUCAUAUUACCUGACGAGGAUGACUUAGAGUAGUAAUAAUUCUCCAAUGACUAUGUCAGUAAAUCCCGAACGAUAAAGAGUUAAUAGAUUUAUUAAAGAAUAAAGAGAUGGAAUGAAGGGGGAAAAAGGAGAGCAUUAUAUACAAACGAUAGAGAGAAAAAAAGAAAACAUGAUAAAUCCAAUAGAAUUACAAAGACCUGAAACAAUAUAAAACAAUAUAAAUAAUAUAAAUGUGGAUAAUUAAAAUGAUAAUAAUCCAAAAGAAAAAAACAAAAAAAACAACAUAGCAAGCAAAAACUUAUUGAGGAAUAGGGGAGAUAAGGGUCGAAGUCUUAUGAAUUUUUAAGGCGGAUUGCUUUAUUAAGCGGGGGCGUCUGCAAAAACUCAGACAGAACAGAAUUCAGAUUAUAGGACUAUAGGACGUAAUUAAAAACUGCAAAAUGUGUGUUUUAUUUUUGUUUGUUUUCCUUCUUUCUUUUUAUUUUGUUGUUUAUAAUCUAUUUUAUCACCAACAAAAAACGCUUCGUAUUUCGUUUAAUAUUUCCCUUUUUUUUCUCUUUUUAAUGGUUUCUUCUUUCUUUUUAUUUUUGCAGUAUAUAAAUAUACUGUAUGGAUGUACAA